AUGCACGCGCGUUCUCCGGUGUGCGUUGUAGGCUUCACCCCGCAAGGUACAAAGUCGGGGAAGGCUAUCGUGCCAACAGGCACCAAGGUGCCCGGCGCCAGGCGCUCCACCUCGCGAGAAAAUACGACGGUGGUCGCCAGCAUCGGCGCCGACGGCCCCACCUACAACCCUAUCAUCAUCUACAAAGGCCAGCGUAUGCAACCCGUUNUGAUUGUUCGACUGCCUCCACCCCCGAUGCACGCGCGUUCUCCGGUGUGCGUUGUAGGCUUCACCCCGCAAGGUACAAAGUCGGGGAAGGCUAUCGUGCCAACAGGCACCAAGGUGCCCGGCGCCAGGCGCUCCACCUCGCGAGAAAAUACGACGGUGGUCGCCAGCAUCGGCGCCGACGGCCCCACCUACAACCCUAUCAUCAUCUACAAAGGCCAGCGUAUGCAACCCGUUUGGAUCCAGGACAAGAACGGCGUCCCCGAUGCGAAGUACACCGUCACGGAGUCAUCCUUCGUCCGGAGCCACGUGUUCCUCGACUACCUUCAAGACCUCCGCGAACAGCUCGAUGCACGCGGCUUGCAGGUUGCCCUUGUGCUCGACGACCACGCCUCGCACACGACCUUCCACGCCAUCAGCUUGGCCAUCUCUCUGGACAUCGACCUCUUCCAGCUUCCGUCCCACACAUCGCACAUCACCCAGCCCUUGGACGUUGCGCGACAUGGCUGGCGUGNCAAGAACGGCGUCCCCGAUGCGAAGUACACCGUCACGGAGUCAUCCUUCGUCCGGAGCCACGUGUUCCUCGACUACCUUCAAGACCUCCGCGAACAGCUCGAUGCACGCGGCUUGCAGGUUGCCCUUGUGCUCGACGACCACGCCUCGCACACGACCUUCCACGCCAUCAGCUUGGCCAUCUCUCUGGACAUCGACCUCUUCCAGCUUCCGUCCCACACAUCGCACAUCACCCAGCCCUUGGACGUUGGUACGUUCGGAACCUUCAAGAAGGAGCUCACAAGGGUGCUCACGGCCUACCCCCUGAAAAUCGGGGGGAGGAGUCCAGUGCAGCGCGACAUGGCUGGCGUGAUUGCGGAGGCAUGGAGAGGGAGCUUCACGCCUGCGAAUAACAUGACGGCGUUCAAAGGAGCGGGCUUGUGGCCGGUGAACAUGGAGAAAGCCAUCAACCGACUACACAGCAAGAGGAAGCAAUGGGAGAAUGACCGUCCUAGCCCUGAAGACCUCGCCGUCGUUGCCUCCAAGAAGCAGCUCGAAGAAGAUCUCGGCCACGCUGCCCUCCUGGAGCUGAAACGACAGGGAGUGAUGAUCGAGGGCCUCCGCGUGAACACCGUGUUCCUCGGCGGGCUCACCCGCCUCACCAGGCGCUCCAAGUCUUUCGCGACCGUUCGGGCGGGCGGGAGGAAGCCCGAGGGCGGUCUCCUGUCCGCCGAAGAACACCUUGCUAAGGCAAAAACGGUACGCGGACGGAGGUCGGGGGGCGCGGCUGUGGUGGGGGUCAGGAAGGGCGAGACGGGCGCGGCCAGGGACAGGUUGGCCGGGGCCUCCCCGCUGGUGCUCGCGGAGAGGGAAGAGGCGCUCGUGGGCGGGUGGGGCCCGGUGCUCGCGUCCAAGGAGGAGUGGGACGGCCGAGAAGGGCGGUGGUUCCCUUGGUUCAGCCGCCGCCGCCGGCGGCUCCUUUUUCCUCUCGAGGACGGCAACGAACUUCGACACCAAUCGUUGAUGUGUAGACCAGAUGCUGUACGGCUAUCGAUUUAUUCGAGUGAAGGAUGAAUUAUUCGAGUGAGACAUACAGAAAACGUCAGUUAGUGUCGAGGUGCCGAUAUGCAUUUCGGGGUUGUGCUUCAACAGCUUUUGGGGGUAGUUUUCGAGCGUCCCACGGGGGGGGGGGGGGAUGGGGGGUGUAGCGGUGUUUUCCAGCACCCCGGGGACGUGGAAAUGCUGCCCCCGGGCCUGAAGGGCUAUUGAUUUUUUUUGCUGCUUCGCGACUUGAGCUGAUCGUCUUGAAAGGACCUUUCGAUGGGGCCUUCGAGUUGUAAGAAACAGGUGCGAUUUUCUACGAGAAGUCUCACGGCAGUGCCAAGCUGCUUUUUGCCUGGCCCAGUAUACGUGCUGAAUGUAUGUAGUCUAUGUUAAGAG